CCGACUGAAUUUCGUGAAUCUUAGUUUAGUAAUCGUUGAAUUUUUCAGCACCUUAAUUCUUUUUCUUAAAAAAAAAGAUAAGGAUAAUUCAUUAAGAUAAAAACCUUGGCGAGACGAGAUUUAUUCUUGAAGGGCGCCGCAAUCAGCUGGGCCUUGAAAAUCCUGGGUUCGCUUAAUUCUUUUAUCUCGCAGCAACUCAAGUGUCACUUUACAACGUUCGUAACUACUACUUCAAGUGGAACGUUUUCUUAUUUUUUUAAAAAAAGAAACAAUAAUUAAGUGUAUUGGAACUAGUAUAAUAAUCCUUCGAAAGUUAGCAGAUCGAAUUAGCCGAUACUUAAGUAAUUUUGUUUUAAAGUGUGAAAAAAAAAACCUUUUAAAAUGUCAAUGAUUAAUUCUGGUAAUAAAGAAUUAGAUGAAAAAAUAAGGGAAUAUUUAGAUUAUGCUAGGGGUUUAGCUACUGCAAAGCGAGUGGAAGAUAUGGUGUUGCAAGGUCGUUACGCUGAAUUAGAGAAAAUAAUGAUGAAACGCCUUGCAUUUGGUACAGCAGGUUUGAGAGGAAAGAUGGGUCCAGGCUACAAUGCUAUGAAUGAUUUAGUAAUAAUACAGACAUCUCAAGGUUUGGCUUCAUAUAUUGAUAGUCAAGACAGUGAUAAGAGUUUUAAAGGAGUAGUAAUUGGUUAUGAUAGCCGCCACAAUAGUCGUAGAUUUGCUGAGCUUGCUGCCGUAGCAUUCAUUUUAAAAAGGAUAAAGGUCUACUUGUAUGAUUCUAUUGUUCCAACACCAUUUGUUCCUUAUGCUGUAAAGAAACUUGGCUGUCUUGCUGGUGUGAUGGUGACUGCAUCUCAUAACCCUAAAGAUGACAAUGGAUAUAAGGUAUACUGGAAAAAUAGUGCACAGAUAUUGUCUCCUAUUGAUAAGAACAUUGAAGCCAGUAUAUUGAAAAACUUGAAACCUUGGUCACUUUCUAGUCGUACAUCUUUAGUAUGGACAUCACCAUUGUGCUUUGAUCCUUUACCUGAAAUUCAAUGCAUGUACUACAGAGAUAUGAAUGUUGAGUCAUUUAAGGGAUCAAAUGAUGGGCUAGAUCCUCCUUUAAAAAUAACAUUCACAGCUCUACAUGGUGUUUCACACACUUACAUGAAGAAGGCUUUUCAAAAGGUGCAUUUUGAUGAUUAUGUAGCUGUUGAAGAACAAAUGGUUCCUGAUCCUGAUUUCCCAACUGUCUAUUUUCCGAAUCCGGAAGAAGGAAAUUGCAUGGAUUUAUCCAUUCAAACUGCUGAUAGAUACCACAGUCAGCUGAUUGUAGCUAAUGAUCCUGAUGCUGAUCGUCUGGCAGUUGCUGAAAAAAAAGUGGAUGGUGAGUGGCAUACUUUCAGUGGAAAUCAAGUAGGAGCAUUGCUUGGUUCCUGGUUGUGGAAAAAUUAUCCUAGUGAUCUUAAAAAAAAUCCUGAAUCCUGUUUUAUGAUUUCCAGUGCUGUAUCGUCAAAAAUUUUAAGAAGUAUUUCUGAAAAGGAAGGAUUUCUUUUUGUUGAAACUUUGACUGGUUUUAAAUGGAUGGCAAAUCGUGCUGAUGAAAUGAUGAAACAGAAUAAGCAUUUUGUAUUAGCGUUUGAAGAAGCUAUUGGUUAUAUGUGUGGAUCUCAUGUGAUGGAUAAAGAUGGAAUUCAAGCUGCGAUGCAUUUGUCUAAAAUGGCCACAGUUGCUUAUAAAGAACAGAAAACUUUACAUCAUUUAUUACGGGAUAUAUAUUUAGAAUAUGGAUACCACACUAGCAAAAAUUCCUACUUUUUGUGUUAUCAAGAAGAAAAUAUGUUCAAAAUGUUUGCUAACUUGAGAAACUUCAAAGGUGGUAAAGCUAAGGAUGUGCCCGAGAAAAGUGAUUACCCAAGUUCUCUGAAAUCGAAAACAAUGACGUAUGAAGUUAAGGAUGUGAGAGAUCUUACUACAGGAUAUGAUAGUUCUCAACCUAACCAAAAAUCACUGUUGCCAGCCAGCAAAAGUGUUCAGAUGAUCACAUUUUACUUCACUAAUGGGUGUGAGAUGACCAUAAGAGGCAGCGGUACUGAACCUAAAUUGAAAUACUAUACCGAAAUGAUUGAAAAUGCUUCUGAAAGUGACUGGAAAAAGGUCGAUGCAACUCUAGAUGAUAUGGUUGAGGCUAUGACUUCAAACUGGAUUAAGCCAGAGAAAUAUGGAUUCCUUCCUCGGCCAAAAUAGUUGAUAUGAAAAAAAAAAAANAAAAAAAAAAAACAGUUUCAUAAUACUUUUUCUGUUACUUGUUUGCUUCUGGAUGUUUGUUUUUCCUUUUGUUCAAAAUUACCUUUCUUUCAUGUAUUUCAGUACCUUGUUAUAUUAAAAUUCUUUUACAGUAGUAUUCAAUUUUGACAUUGCAUUUAUUAAGUGUGUUUUAUAACUUUUCAGAACUAGUCAUAUUAUUUGUAACUAAUUAUGUUCUAGUCAAACAGUAAUUGAAGUCAGAUGUUUCAAAAGUAUGGCUCACUACUUAAUACCAUUACUCUUAAAAUGAAAAUUUUUGCACAAUUAUUACUAUUCUUUAUUAAAAAGCUAAGUUGUAUGUUUAAUUACUUCAAAAUUAGAUUUUAGUACUACUUUAGUAAUUGAAUAAUUUAAUUAUUGUUAAACUCGGAUGAAUUGAAAAAUAAAGAUAAUUUUUCUUAACCAUAAAUAUAUUUAAAAUUGUUUUAUUUGACCUUGUAUUAAAAAUAAACUGAUUAAAAAAUUUUAUAUUUGAUUAUUUUAUUCCAUUUUCACGCUUAUGCGUAUAUUGAGUGUUACAUAUAUUGAUAUUAUCCUGUUUAAUGGUAUUUAUUCACAACAAUGCAAAUCAAGUAAUGGUUUGCAUUUUAAUGAAAAUAUAAUUUAUUGAUUGUAAGAUUUUCUAUUUUUUCAUUUAAAACUGUUUCUAUUUUUAUUCCUUUUCUAUACUUUGUGAUAAUAAAAAAAUACUCAAUAUAUAUUAUUCAUUAUCAGCAAUUUAUACCGAUUCAUGAAUUUCAUGCCCUUCUUAUUCAUUGUUUUUUUUAAGUAAGUCUACGAGGGAACGUGAAUAUAUUUAAGCCAUUAUGAACUGUUAAUAGUAACACUUUUGAGACUAUUGAUUUCCCAAGUGAUAGUUUGCAUUUUAAUAAAAUACUAAUUUAUUAAAUUGAAAACAUUUGAAAUUGUUCCUAUUUUGAUGCCUUUUCUGUGCUUUCUGUAAAAAAAAUAAAUAUCUGAUGUGUGUAGAUUUUAAUAUUAAUAAUUUAAUGCUAUUUGGGAAUUUAUUGGUUACCUUUUUAUUCAUUUAGUAUGUCUGAGAAGUUGGCAAAUUUAAGCACAUCCGAAUGCCUUGAGAAGUAUGAAUAUAUUUAAACAGUUCUGUACUGGUAUUUAUAAAACUUCUGACGCAAAUAGUUUUUAAAAUUCGCAAAUGUGAUGUUUUAUUUAAUCUAAAAGAAGGAAAGAAACUACAACUUGUAUGUAUAGUUAUGCAUGUUGAGUUUAAAAUAUUUAAUGUUUUGUAACAAAAUUAGACUGCCUCAAUGAGGUCCAUGCCUUUUAUUUGUAUGUGUACAUGGGAAAAAAUGCAUUUAUUGUGUAAUUGUCUUGGACGUAUAGUGUAGAAGUAAAUUGUAACACUGGUUAUAAAUAAAAUUUGUAAAGCAUUAAAAAAAUAAAUACUUUUAUUGUUCCUGAUUA